AUGACGGAGACGACGAAGCAGGAGCCCAUUGCGGCGCGUCCGCUCCCGUCUCCAGAUGAUGACGAUGAAAUGGAGCACGUCGGUGUCUUGCGGUAUCUGGUGACUCGGGUACCGACCCUGAUGCCUCCAAUGAACUCGGUCCCAAACCCGCUCGGCUCUCUGGCUCUUUUGAACAGGCAGCAGUGGCUUUUCUUCUCGGUCGCAUUCUUCGCGUGGAGCUGGGAUGCCUUCGACUUCUUCACGGUCUCGUUGACCACGUCGGAGCUGGCGAAGGAGUUCGGCAAGGAGAUAACAGAUAUCACCUGGGGCAUCACCCUCGUGCUCAUGCUCCGAUCCGUCGGCGCCAUCACCUUUGGCAUUGCCGCCGACCGCUGGGGUCGCAAGUGGCCUUUUAUUGUGAACAACGUUCUUUUCAUCGUGCUCGAGCUCGGCACGGGUUUCUGCCAGACCUAUAAGCAGUUCCUCGCCUGUCGCGCUUUGUUCGGAAUCGCCAUGGGCGGUCUUUACGGGAACGCCGCGGCCACCGCCUUGGAGGAUUGUCCCAUGGAGGCGCGGGGGAUUGUCUCGGGGUUGCUCCAGCAGGGUUACGCCUUUGGCUACUUGCUGGCUACUGCGUUUGCUCGGGCCUUGGUUGAUACUACACCGCAUGGAUGGAGACCAUUAUACUGGUUUGGCGCAUGCCCUCCCGUUCUGAUCAUCGCCUUCCGUCUCUGUCUCCCCGAGACAGAAACGUUCCGUCAGCGACAGGCGACCCGGGAGGAUCUCCAAGGAGGCGUCACGUCGACGUUCCUGUCGGAAGGCAAAGUGGCGCUGAAGCGGCAUUGGCUGAUCUUGCUCUACCUGGUCCUAUUGAUGACGGGGUUCAAUUUCAUGUCCCACGGAUCCCAAGACCUGUACCCGACGAUGCUUGAAAACCAAUACAACUUCUCCAAAGACGCCGUCACCGUGACGCAGGUCGUCGCCAACCUCGGCGCCCUAACCGGAGGCACGCUCAUCGGCUGGUCGAGCCAAAUCUUCGGACGACGCUUCUCAAUCAUCGUGAUCAGCAUCGUCGGCGGCGCACUGCUCUACCCAUACACCUUCGUCCCAUCGCAGAAGAUCAUGGCCGCGGCAUUCUUCGAGCAGUUCUGCGUCCAGGGCACCUGGGGCGUAAUCCCCAUCCACUUGAUGGAGCUUUCCCCCGGAUCCAUCCGCACCUUCGCCGUGGGGACGGCCUACCAGCUGGGCAACCUGGUCUCGUCGGCGAGCACGACCAUCGAAGCCACCAUCGGCGAACGGUACCCGCUGCCGUCGACGGACGGGGAAAAGCAUUACGAAUACGGUCGGGUGAUUUGCAUCCUGAUGGGGGCGGUCUACGCCUACACGAUCCUGGUAACGUUCUUGGGGCCCGAGCGACUGGGUCGCCAGUUUGACGUUGCGCACGACGCGGAUCUGGCGGAGGUGACCGCUCACCGGGGGACGGAGGGCGAUCCUGAGAAGGCCGGGAUGCGACAUGACGAAUGA